UCCAGUGAAGCGAAGAAAAGCCAGAACUGACUCUGCUUUGGGGAAGAGAUGCUGUUUGGUUUUAGUUUCCAAAGAAAGGGGAGAUCAAAGCUGUGGUUUGGAGAGGAGUGAAUAAACCACGGUUUAUGGUUUGGAUGAAAGGGCCGCCUGAGAUGCAAACAUGCAAGUGUUUAAUUUCUCAGUGGCGCAUGAGUGGAAGGAGGGAAUGCAUAAGCAAGAAGAUUUCUGCAGCUUGUUCUUACGAUGGAAACGUCCAAAAACCAGUGGGAGAACACUUCAAUCUACCAGGACAUUCCACCAAAGACUUAAAAGUCGCUGUGGUUCAACAGAAACCCUUCAAAAACAAAAUCCAACGGGAGGCUGCUGAAUUGGAAUUCAUAUGCAAAUUUGACUCUGUCAAGCUGGGACUGAAUAGAGACUAUGAAUGGUUAUCACAUUAUCACAGGUCCUGCUCGUCCAGACGACGACCUUGGAUGUGAGUUGAGCAUUGGGAGAACCCACUAAUUCAGGGAUGGAUAACUUGACCACAUCUGCCAGCGGGAAGAAUUGCACUUUCCACGAGGAAUUCAAGCAGAUCCUGCUGCCGGUGGUCUACUCCGUGGUCUUUGUGGUGGGGCUGCCCUUGAACUCCAUCGUGAUCAUCCAGGUGUGGCUGUCUCGGAAGGGGCUGACCCGCACCACCAUCUACAUGCUGAACCUGGCCAUGGCCGACUUGCUUUAUGUCUGCUCCCUGCCGCUCCUCAUCUACAACUACACCCAGAAGGACUACUGGCCCUUCGGCGACUUCACUUGCCGCUUCGUGCGCUUCCAGUUCUACACCAACUUGCACGGCAGCAUUCUCUUCCUGACCUGCAUUAGCGUCCAGCGUUACCUGGGGAUCUGCCACCCUCUCUCCACUUGGCACAAAAAGAGGGGCAAGGGGUUCACCUGGAUGGUGUGUGGGGUGGUGUGGCUCCUCGUCGUCGCUCAGUGUCUGCCCACGUUCGUCUUUGCCUCCACCGGCAUCCAAAGGAACCGGACCGUGUGCUACGACCUCAGCACCCCGGAGCGCUCCGCCAACUACUUCCCUUACGGCAUCACCUUGACGGUCACGGGGUUCUUGAUCCCUUUCGUCGUCGUCUUGGGGUGCUACUGCUGCAUGACUCGAAUCCUCUGCCAGAAGGACGAGCUGAUCGGCUUGGCCGUCCGCAAGAAGAAGGACAAAGCGAUCCGGAUGAUCAUCAUCGUGGUCCUCGUCUUCGCCGUCAGCUUCUUCCCCUUCCACCUCACCAAGACCAUCUACCUGAUCAUCCGCUCCUUGCCAAACAUGUCCUGCCUCACGGUGCAGUCCUUUGCCAUCCCCUACAAGUGCACCCGGCCUUUUGCCAGCAUGAACAGCGUCCUGGACCCCAUCCUCUUUUAUUUCACCCAACGCAAGUUCCGGGAAAGCACCAGGCACCUGCUGGAUAAAGUCAGUUCAAAAUGGAAGCAUGACUCGUGAUGGGCUGGCGUUUGCCGCAGUGCUGAAGCAAGCGGGCUGUUGUGCCAAGGGGGGACUGGCAGCGCUCCGGGGAUGUGGCAGCUCUCUAAUAGACAACUGCUGUACCUGUUGGUCUUGCAUUGCCUAGCGGGUAGCAAGAGAUCCCCUGCCCCAGAACUCAUGGCCCUUUCUUUGAUAAGAUGGAGAAUAUUACCGUGUAAAUAGUAGACUGCUAGUACAUUCCUCUCUCCUUUGCAUUGCGAGGAUUCAUCCAGAGCAGUCCCGAAAACGGUUUCUUCCGUAUUUGUUUCCAAUAUUUCCCAGUAAACCAUGUGUUGGAGGAGGGAAGGCCGCAUGGUAUAGCCCGAUCUUGUCCGAUCUCGGAAGCUAAGCAGGGUCAGUACUCACUGAGGAAGACUCUGCAGAGGAAGGCACUGGCAAACCACCCAUGCUUCUGACUUGCCUUGAAAGCCCCUUGCUGGGAUCGCCAUAAGUCAAUUGUGACUUGAUGGCACAUAUGCAUGCAUGCAUGUGUUGGAUGAGAGAGACUAAGAAACCAGAUUAGUAGGUCUGAGACUUAUGCAAAGUUAUAUCGACAGCAUGAGGGGGAAGAGUCUGAUAAAUAAGAAAUUCUGGGUGGGUUGACUGGGGUCUAGAGGAUGGAGGAGAACUGCUUUCGCUUUAACCCUUUGAGGCUGGGCUGGCAGUUGUACAAGAUAAAGUAUUAAUUCUGUUCUGCUAAGGACAGAACCUGCAUCGUUCACAUCUUUCUUCGUGCAAAACCAGCGGGUUGCAACAUAAUAAUAAUAAUAAUAAUAACAACAUUUGAUUUAUAUACCGCCCUUCAGGAUGACUUAACAUCUACUCAGAGAGGUUUACAAAGUAUGUUAUUAUAAUCCCCACAACAAACACCCUGUGAGGUGGGUGGGGCUGAGAGAGCUCCGAGAAGCUGUGACUAGCCCAAGGUCACCCAGCUGGCUUCAAGUGGAGGAGUGGGGAAUCAAACCCGGCUCUCCAGAUUAGAGUCCCGCACUCUUAACCACUACGCCAAACUGGCUCUCAUGACUUGUGAACUGAUUCUUUGACAGGACAUCUCAGAUGUUCCUUCAGGGUAACUGUUUUAUGACUGGGUAAAUAAGGGGACCAGAUUUUAAAGACUGGAAGAGGAUGGGUUUGACCCUAAAUCUUUUCAAUGGCAAUUAAUUGCCACUGAUUUAGGAAAUCUGGUUUUAUGAAUUCAACUCUCUCUCUCUCUCUCUCUCUCUCCUCUUUUUUAAGUUCCUCUGAAGGGAACAAGUUUGGCACUGGGAACGUCUAUGGGUAGCUUUGAUUUAUUCCUGGGGAAACAUAUUCAUGAUAGAAAGGAACAGAUACAAAGCAGGUUAUGGUCUACCCAUUCAUUCCCUGAAUGCACCGCAUAGCAUGAAACUGGAGAGAGAUGUGAAAUUUGGCAUCCUAACAAUUUCAUCUUUCUUAUUUUUUUACUGUGAAGAAAGCACAUUUCUGACCACCAUAGCUGCACAUGCUGGAAAAAGAGACAUAGGUGUACCAGUCCAGAAUUCUGAGUAUGCGCUGAAGUGUACAUGGAGUUCUGGCAAACGCUCGCUGCUCCAUUCACAUCCGUUUGCCAUAGGUAGCCGGAGGGCACCCAGAAAGCUGCUACCAGGCAGAGCAGAGAAUAUUGCACUUAGGUGGAUCAACGGCAGCUUUGUGCAUCGAUAGAUGCUUUGGGGUGAGGAAGCAGGAGUCCUAAAGGUGUUCUGCAGGAUUGGGGCACCAUAAAUCGAUGUAAAACAGCAAAACGCAUGCAGUCUAAUGUGUUAAAAUGUGUUUAAUUUAUUGAAUUGUUUUAAUAAAACUGAAAUAAAAUCUGCAGAAGACA